AUGGCUUCAUUUUCGGACGCGCCCACCGAGGUCAUUGACCAGAUCCUGAGCGAUGUCCCGGCGUCGGACCUGCCCAGCGUCUGCCUUGUGAACAAAGUACUGAGGCGCUCUGCUGAGCCAUAUCUUUACUCCGCUGCCUCCUUCCAGUGGGAUUUUCAAUCAGUACCCCGCGUUGAUUCUCUUCUCCUCACCCUCUUGCGGAGACCUGAGCUACUCGACUAUCUGGAUACCGUGACGUUGCAAGGCCAUCUCUUCAAUGAGAGAACCCCUCCGCCCCCAAUAAAUAUAUCGAACAUUCCUUUCGAUGAAUUUAUUGCUGCUAUUGAAAAAACCGGUGUGGCAUUCGCCAGCAUGUGGGUUGACAAGUUGAGGUCGCCCAGCACAUGCAUGUACGCAAUGGUUGCCCUCUUGAUCACACAACUUUCCAACACUACUCAUCUCACGGUCGGCCACGCUUAUAUAAACGGCCAGUCGCUCGUGCCCAAAGUGCUCAAGGCUAAAAUCUUCGGCCAGCUACCUGCGUUCGAGCGACUAAGAGAACUCCGAUAUCUGAAGCGAUGCGAUAUUUCAUCUUUCGAAAAUAAUGUGGUAUUCUCGGAUACCAUCAAUCUCUUCUACCUGCCAACAGUUACACAUAUCGAGGUCUCAAUGACAAAUCCCCGGGAUUUUCAGUGGCCAGCAGGCGAGCCGAACUUGGACCAUCUCACCUCACUCAAGAUCGGAUGGCUUUUUGAACCAUUCUUAGCUGAGAUCUUUAAACAAACCCGAAAUUUGAGAUCACUUCACUGGACUUGGGAACACCAUGGUGAUUGGGUUGGUCCUUGGGAAACGACUAUCCUUGACUUUGAAAAUAUCAUGGACGCCUUGCGGUUUCUCAAAGCCUCACUGGAGAAGCUUACAUUGGAGUUGUACCUCGGGCUCGAUGAUGAGUUGGCUGAUAAUCUCAAGAUGACUGUCAGGGGAAAUCUGUGCGGUCUACGCAACUUCCCCCGGAUCACACACCUAGACGUCCCAUUAACAUCGCGCAGAGCGGACAACUCCGAUCCUUUGCCGCUAGCGGACUAUGCUCCCGAUAGCGUCGAGGUUCUCACUCUUUCUGGAAGUGCUUUAGUUGAUGAUGAAUGUCCGCAUGAGUGGGAUGGGUGGGUAGAACGGGCUGAAUUUAAGGAUCUAGUUCCUUUGAUUAAGGAUUUACGUAAUGUUCGUCCUUCAAAACUGCCACGGCUGCAGCGAGUUGAAAUUAUCGAUGAUCAUGGUGGGAAUAUUCGACGUGAAAUAGGAGGGCAGAUCGAAGCGCUUGAUCUCGGUUUCAAGGUUCAGAUCAUUUAG